GUGUUGUGUAUUGCAGAGUUUGGUUUGAUGCAACGAAUUAGCUCGUGGUUUGAGCAAUUGCCGCUACGACGUCGUCCAACUACACGUCAACCAAAUGAUUCCUCAUCCAGUACUCAACCUCAUCAACGUAAGUCAAAAUCAGCAGCGCCACGACUUCGUUACAGUGUAAGCGCCGUACAAAACUAUCGUCACCGAGAUUAUUCUGUUGAUGCCAUAUCGCAGUCUCUGAUCAGUAAUGAUCAGCCGCAAAUCAAAAUGCCGGCUUCUUGGAACAGGCAAGAAACGGUGACUUCUCCAUGCCGCGACAGUUCCAAAUGUACUAGCGCAUCCUUGUCGCAGUCAUUCACCUCGUCGUUUGGCUCCACUCGAAAAAAUAUUCGUACAAAUCCAUGGAUUUCACGAUGUCGCCCAUCAGUUCAGACUGUAAUGUUUGAGAUGCCUAAACCAACUAAUGAAGAAAUAUAUGCACCAAUGGAUUGCUCUACUUCGCUUCGUAUUAAAAGUUUAGAUGAAAGUACUUGCAGUUCUGGUUAUGGUAGUCAAGAUAGCAGCCCAGAAUCAUCGGUUCAUUCACCAGACUGGCAGCCAUUAGCAGUAAAUAGUAAGAAAGGUCGACUGGAAGAUAAGGCGGUUGAGUGUAAUUCAAUAGAUGUAGAUGAGGCAUUAGGACUUGAUUUGGAAGUAGACUCAGAACUACCACCGCUUAAAAUCACUACUGCUAAGCAUGAUCGAAUCACGACAGAUGAUGACGAGCACGUUUACCACGAACUUGAGGCUUUCAAUCGUCUAUCUUUGUUGGUAGAAGAUGACGUGGCUUCAUCAGAUUCUGAGCUUGCCAGUUCAUCCAGUGGGUCAUUGCGUUCUAUUCGAUGUCCAUCACCAAUAUAUGCCCGACCAAAUCAACACUACUGCAAAUCACAUUCUCGUCAUCAUUAUGGCAUGUACGAUCGAAGAAGUGACAAUCAACAAGGAGCUGAGUUUCCUAGUAUAUCAUCAAGCUUUACUUAUAUUCCUUGCACUACUUAUAGACCAGCACCAAAAUUUCAUCCUCCACCACCACCACCUCCGCCAACAAAUUUAGAACAAGCGGAGUUAAACUUUCUGGCUGAGUUGGAUGCACAGAUUGCUGAAUUACAGUUAAAAAGUGCUGCUGUUCGUCAGCUUGUAGACAAAGCUCGUGAACGGCAAGAUGCUCGCGCACGUAAGGCACAACUGUAUCGUGAACUAGCCGAACUACGACGCGCUGUUUCAUUCUUGAUGAUGAAUAUAGAAACUAAUUACGUGCGCCUUCGAGGGCUUCCGUUUGCCGCAAAAGAACAAGACGUCAGAGAUUUCUUGCAAGGUGUUUAUUUACACUCAGUAACGUUCACUCUCACGUCGAAUGGUAGGGCAAGUGGCGAGUGCUACGUAGAACUGGAUGAACAGGAGGCUGUGAAAGAAGCACUCAAGUUAGAUCGCAAUGAAAUCAGUGGUCGUUACAUUGAAGUAUUCACUGUUAGUGAUGCGGAGCUAUCGAUGAUGAUACGUCAUGGAGUGAUCAGGGGUAGUGGAGGAGAUGCGGAUAGUCGUUUUGCAAGCAAUUAUGUUGUACGUCUUCGAGGUUUACCUUACAGUGCAACAAUCGAGGACAUCAAGGAAUUUUUCUCAGGCCUGGAAGUAGCGGAUGCGGUAAUCGACAAGGAACCGGGGGGUCGACCUUCUGGGGAGGCAUUCGUACGGUUGGCAACCAAAGAACACGCAGAAUUGGCUUUGGAGAGAAGCAAAAACUACAUGGGUUCAAGAUAUGUUGAAGUAUUCCGCAGUUCAGCUGAUGAAAUGGACAACAGUUAUUAUGCAUCAAGAGGUAUACCACCGCCAACUAGUGGACCGGUGCCUUUACGCGGUAUAAGUCCAACACUGGAUUUUCGAUAUCGUGACAGAUAUGGAGAUUAUGGACGUUAUGGUCGACCUAUAAGGCUUUCAAGUGUACAUCCACGUCCAUCACCGUACGAUCGCCCUUAUUACGAUAGAGAUCGCUAUUACCGGUACGGUGCACGAUAUGAUCCAGAAUUUGAUGAAGCAAUGUAUGACCCGACAGUUAAAGUUUUUAUGCGAGGUUUACCUUACAGUGUUACAGUUUAUGAUAUCGAAGAAUUUUUCCGGCCCUUGAAUUGUGCAGAAAUUAAACUUGGUUAUAAUGAAGAACGACGUCUUUCUGGUGAUGCACUAGUAACUUUCUCAACGAUGGCAGAAGCACGAGAAGCUCUUUCACGUAAUAAAAAUAAUAUGGGGACCAGGUACUCUAUAUGUAUUCUUUUAAUAUUUUUACUACACUUAACAAAGUCCAUUAUUUUCUUAUUAAAUUCUUUUUCAAGAUUUUUGGAAGCGAACGAAAUUCGUCUUACUUUCAGAUAUAUUGAAUUAUUUCCUGCGACAAAUAUCCCUCAUCCGAUCAAAACAAUGUCGUUUCGUUCGGCAAAUGGAGCACCUAACCGCAUGUCGGGAGCACCACGUCCAUUAUAUAGUUCCUUUGCAGAAGAUGAUGAGACUUCUGCUUAUGGUUGUGGAAUCGGCGGACAACAGUACUACAAUGAUCAGUACGAAGGUCGCCAGUCUAAAUACGGACGAGAUUGGGGCGAACCUGCCCGUACUUCGUGGUGA